UGCAACCAGUCCUCAUGAGCUCUGAGAUGAUGCUACUGUUGGUGAUCUUCUGUGGAAUCUCUGUGAUCCGGGUAGAGCCGGUCACCCAGGACACGGGUGUGAGAUCCGUCGCAGUUGGAGAAAACAUCACCUUACAUUGCUUCUGCGACAGCCUGCUGGCGAUGCACGUCUCCUGGUACCGACAAACCUUAGGAAGGAAACCUGAGAUCCUGUCUGUCAUUUACAAAUAUGGCGACACAUCCGACACAUCCCACCAGCUGGAAAACAACCCCCGCUUUUCUGUACAAGUGAAGAACCGAGCGAAUCACUUACUCAUCUCUGACACACACCUGUCAGAUUCAGCAUCUUACUUCUGUGGAAGCUCCUACUCCAACACGAUGGAGUUUGGUGACGGAGUCUUUUUAAGUGUUGCAGAACCCAACCAUGUGGAAAUUCUUCAAGAACCAACAUCUGAGAUGGUCCAGCUAGGUGAUUUUGUGACUUUUAAAUGUGCAGUACGCACGGAGUGCUGUCAUGGUGAACAGAUAGUCUACUGGUUCAAAGAUGGCUACUACCAACAACCCCUCCACACACAGACGGAUCAGUGUCAACCUGUCUCUGGUCGCCAAUCGCCUUCGCUGAGAUGUCUCUACCUAUUACAGAAGAACAAUCUGAGCUAUUCGGAUGCUGGAACGUAUUACUGCUCUGUGGCCUCCUGUGGACAAAUAGUCCUUGGUAGUGGAAGCAAGCUGUUCAUCGGGCACAACACCGAACGCCAGGCAGCUCAGAUUAAACUCUUCGUCUGGCUCUCAGUCAUUCGAGCUGGGAUUCUCUGGGCCUUUAUUGCCAUGUGUCUCCUCAUUUGUGCCUGUCAGAAGUAACACAGUCUAUGAGAUAUGAUUUACAAACAUGUAACACAUCAAAAUGUUUUGAAUUUACAUUUGCCAUUAUGUAGUAACAGCAUACAUGAUGUAAUGUGUUUGAUCAGGUAUUUGAAUGCCGUGUUGAUUUAAACAAUAUCAUACCUACUUACAUGACAUCAGUGAACCUGCAGUUCCUUCAGAAUAAAAUAAAUCAGCUGAUUC